UUGAGUUUAGCCAGUUGUCAACAGGCUGAACGAGAAACGAGCUGUUGAAAUAACUUAGUACGUGGAACUGAUAACACCAACAUUAGAGUUCGUGGUGGGGAAGAAAAGGCCUUUUGUGAAUUGUUUUUGGACGUAGGUAAAUUUUUUUGCACGGCGUAUCCAAACAAAAAUGAAAUCCUUUACACUCGCAUCCCCCUGAGCACCAUGUGAAACCUGACUCUGCUGAAGGCAGAUGCAAGUCCCAGGCUGGAUUGAAUGGCACUGAGGAUACAAGGCUGCGUCUCAGUCGGAGUACUGCAAUGACUAGCCGACAUCCUAGCCAUGCAGAGAGCGCUCAAUCCACAAACAAACAGCCACCUUCCGUGGCCCCCAAGCUCCAUGUUCAGCGAUCGCUGUCAAAGGAAACGAUCUCCAUCCACUUCUCAGCUUUUGGGAAGGAGGAAGAGGAGGAGGAAGAAAUUUCCUUGGUAAAUCUCACCACUACCUUAGCAGCUCAGGAGGACUCAAAUAUUGUGACAGCCUUAGAGGCAAGUGAGGAGAUGUUUGAAGGUAUGCCGCUGGAGUCUGCAGCAGAGGUUGAUGCCAUUCCUGAAUCAUCUACACCUUCUCCAGUAGUAUCUAGACAGGGCACUAAUAGCUCACCCACCCGCAGUCCAUCAUCUCAUAUCACUGAGCAGAAAGGCCCAAGUUCCAAUUCCUCUCCAACAAAAUCUUUGAGCUAUACUUCAAGUGACAAACCCUUUCUCAGCUUGGUGAAGUCUUUUUCCUCUGACAUCGAGUCCAGAGAUGGGACCUCCUCUACUGCUGCUUCUUCUGUAAGGCACAGGCAUCUGAUGAAGACUCUAGUCAAAUCCUUGUCUUCAGAUACAUCCCAUGACUCUCAGUCCUCCUCUACCACCUACCGUCUUCCAGAAUCUCGCCUUAACCUGCAACUCUUCAAGCAAUUUGCACAGUCCAGGAUGCCGGCCACAGCCACCAUGUCAUCAGCGGGAGAUUCUAAAACUGCCCCUUCAUCUCCUUUAACAUCUCCAGAUAACCGGAGCUUCUUCAAAGUCUCAGAAGUGGAGGCAAAAAUUGAGGACACUAAGCGUCGUCUUUCUGAGGUCAUCUAUGAGCCACUCCAACUUUUGAGUAAGAUCAUGGAUGAAAAAAGCAGUGGCAGCAGCAGUUCCAGCAGCAUUUACCGGCCCAAAGCCCUUUCUGCUAGUGCCUCAGAACUCUCCAACUUUACUUCUGUCAAUGGUCAUCUGGAAAGCAACAACAAUUACUGCAUUAAGGAGGAGGAAGGUGGUGAAUGGGAGGCUGAAAUCCCUAACAGUGAAGCCUCUGGUCUAGCCGAAUCACCGGUUUCCUUCUCUGUUGACACUAAAAGUCCCAGCAAAACAUCUUUGCUUUCCAUGUCAUUGGACAAGUGCUCCAUGUCUGCUCUUGCAAAACAGGAAGAUGAGGACUUUUGCAUCCUGUACAGUGAGGAUUUCGAGACGUGUACUGACACAGAAGGAGAUGGUGCUGAUAAAACUGAUGAUACUGGAAGUCAAACUAAAGUGCUACUAAGUGGUAGUACUGAGCCAUGCAGUGAGGAUGAAUCUGAAAGUACUGAGCCAGCACCAAGUGUUCCGCACUAUACUCUCAUCAUCCUUACUUUACUUGUCUAUGGGUAUUUUGUAUUACCUUGGCCAAGUUAUAUUGGGGGGAUGCUUUUUGGGAUUGGGCUGGGCUUCCUUUUAGCCAUCUCUGUGGUGUGGCUGACAGGACCAAAACCAUCUAGUAGCAGUUCCAGGCACCGUUUGAAGAUGUGUGCAAAGUUGAACAUCAAGGAGCCAGAAAUCUUCAAAGGCUGGAUGAAUGAGAUCUCAAACUAUGACCCAGAGACAUACCAUGCCACACUGACACAUUCCGUCUAUGUCCGACUGGAGGGAUCAACCAUUCGUUUGUCUAAACCCAACCACAACAUUGCACGCCGGGCAUCGCAUAAUGAACCAAAACCUGAUGUCAACUACAUCAGUCAGAAGAUCUAUGACCUCACCAAGAGUAAAGUAUACCUUGUGCCUCACAGUCUGGCCAGGAAGCGUAUAUGGAACAAAAAAUACCCCAUCUGUAUUGAACUCGGUAAACAGGAUGACUUUAUGUCCAAGGCAGAGGGUGACAGGUGCGAACACAGUGAGGGCUUCACCACAAAGGAAAAAGGGGGAGAGGGGUCAGAUGGGGUGCAAGAACGAAGAUCUUCAUCCUCCUCCAGAGACCUGACCCUUUAUCUGUUUGGAAGAACUGGGAGGGAGAAAGAGGAGUGGUUCCAACGCUUUCUGCGGGCGUCCAAACUCAAGGUGGAUUUGAAGAAAUCCUCAAGUGUCACAGGGAGUAAAAGCACUCUGAGCGGUCAUCGCAGCAGUAGCCGCAACAGCCUGGAUGAGGCGCUGGCAUCUCAGCCUAGGCCCAAAGACUCUUCUGCCUCUUUAUCAACUGCCAAAGCCAAGCCUCUACUGGACUACAGUGUCUACAUGACCUCCCUACUGCCAAACCAGGCAGCAGUCAGCCCUACAGCUGCCACCCUGUCCCUUCACAGUCCUCAGAGCAGUCCUGGGGCUGACAAGAAGCUUCAAAGCAGCACUUCAGCUGAGGUGCAGCCCCGGAGGGAUGAGGACGACCCGGUUGCCUGGGUGAAUGCAGUUGUGGGCCGGGUCUUUUGGGACUUCCUGAGUGAACCAUACUGGGCUGAACUGGUCUCUAAGAAAAUUCAGAUGAAGCUCAGUAAGAUACGGUUGCCUUACUUCAUGAAUGAGCUCACCCUGACUGAACUGGACAUGGGUUCGGCCACUCCCAGAAUCCUCGGGGCAUCAAAACCUUCCAUUGACUACCAAGGUCUGUGGUUUGAUCUAGAGAUUUCCUACAGUGGCUCUUUCCUGAUGACCCUGGAAACCAAGAUGAACCUCAUUCGCUUAGGGAAAGAAGGGGAGAGCCUGCGCAUAGGGGAGCCUGGCAAAGAUGGAUACAGGCCACGGACAUACUGCCUGGCUGACAGCGAUGAAGAGUCAUCUAGUGCUGGCUCAUCAGAUGAAGAGGACACCUCUGAGCUUGCAAGUGACACCCCUGGAGCAGAGGGUUUGGUUGGAGGCCACAAACCAAGCAAAAUCAUGCGCUUUGUGGACAAGAUCACCAAGUCCAAGUACUUCCAGAAGGCUACAGAGACAGAGUUCAUCAAAAAGAAGAUGGAGGAGGUCUCAAACACUCCCCUCCUGCUCACAGUGGAGUUGCAGGAACUCAGAGGAACGCUGGCUGUCAAUAUACCCCCUCCACCAACUGACAGGAUAUGGUACGGCUUUAGGACACCACCUCACCUUGAACUGAAAGCACGACCUAAACUGGGAGAACGAGAAGUCACUCUGGCUCAUGUUACAGAUUGGAUAGAGAAAAAACUGGACCAGGAGUUUCAGAAAAUCUUUGUAAUGCCAAACAUGGACGAUGUGUGGCUGACUAUCAUGCAUUCUGCCAUGGACCUGCGCACCAGUGGUGGACCCUUAGCUGGCCCCACAGGACCCCUGGAGCCAUCUGAGCUGGAGAGGGUCAGCACCAGCCAGCCAUAAAGAUUGUUUACAGUAUUUUCUAAGAGCUUAUGAAGUCUCAAAAUGAAAAGAGGCAGAGCCAAAGCUGAUAGGUCAGAUGCUACUAUUAAUACAGGCACACUCCCACUUGGCCAAGAGGGCAGCACACAAAUUAGGAAAGAACAAGGAAACACUAAACACAGUCUGCUGAUUGCUGCUCUGUUAGGUAGUAUUUAUUGUGCCACAAGAAAAUGUGAGUUGUCAGUGAAGGUUUAUUUUACAUUAAGAGUCUUUUGAACAUAGACUGGCAUGCGAGGAGAGUCGUUAUUGGCUCUGACAUGAGGAGGUUAAGUUGGUCAGGGGUAGCAUGUGUAAGCACAUAAUGUUCUAUGAACCCAUUAAUGUGGAAGCAUUCACCAGAUACCUUAGAGAUUGCAGAUGACUAGUUUCUGCUAUGGCCACAGAGAGAAAACGCAUGGUAGUAGCCCUUUUUAUUACAGAAACCCAGGAAGUGAAGACCUGUGGUACAGGUGGAUCAGUUUUGUUUGCAUUUAGAGGGCAUGUCAAGUAUUUUGUCAAAAUUAAUUUGUUGGCAGGUUAAAAAGGCAUAUUGGGAAAGCUCAGAUGCUUGAUGUUUUGUUGAAUAAACCUUUAAGUGGCUUUAUGUCAGCUGUUCUGAUCAGGUGUUAACUAACAGUAUUCAUUUGUGCUGUGAACACACUGUGAACACCCCUUCUUUUGUCAAUACACCUGUUUCUUACGCCACCGAUGCCCUUAUCAGCAACAGACUUUAUGUAAGAAACACAGCAUCAAGGCUACGUUCACACUGCAGCACAAGGGCCCCAAAGCUUAAUGUUUGUGCUUAUGAGUUUCAUAUCUGGGUUUUUUUUUUUCCAAACAGGGUGAAGCAUACAAAUCAGACAGAAUCUGACCUUUUCUAUAUGAUCUGAGUCCAUAUGUAAUCCAGAGUUCAUGUAACUUUUCUGGUACUCUAGACUGAGAUUCUUUAGUCACUUCAACACUAUGAAGUAUGAGCUUAACCUUAAACAAGUGCGGCAGUAAAAUAAAUCUACACACAUCACAUAAACAUAUAUAUCACAUAUACAUAAACAUACAUAUAUAGUUGCAUGUCAUUGACAGGGACCAUUUUAAAGCACAAUGACUGACUUGAUAAUACAUAUAUUUUUUCACUUUAAGGUUUUUACUUGUUGAAUUUUCAGUACUGCUCAACUUGAUUUUUAAGCUAGGGUUCUAAAAGAAAAUAGUCAAUGGUUAAUUAAUUGACUGAUAUCACCAAAAUACUCAACACAAUGAGUUAAAUGCACAACUUUAUAAGUGAUUAUCCAAAUCAAAGUAAUAAAUCAAUUAGGAAUGGACAUUUGAACACUUUAAGUAUCAUACUUUAUAUAAUAUCCACAGCACUAAACAGUACCAUAAACAUCAGUCCUACAUUGCUAUUGAGGAAAACAUAAAUCUCCUUCAACCCUAAAAACAAAUAAAUUAUUCAUGCACAUCCCUGAAGUCAAUCGAUAAAUAAAUCUUGCUUGUUGAACUAUAAACCUGUCAAGUUAUGAUAUUUAAUUUCUGACCUACCAUUAAAACUAGUAAAAGAAAUUCCAUAAAAAUUACUUUAAGUAGAGAAUGCUAACAUUAGCCAUCAGUUGAGUUCUGCCAACACCACCAGUUUGUGAAACAUCCCAUCACCACCAAUUCAUUAGACAAUAUUUAAGUGUGUUAUGAACAUUUUUACUGAAGGACACUUUAAACACCUGUGCUUCUAUACAUGUAGGUCAGUUCAAGACCCUGAGCAUUUCACACUGACAUCUGAUAUUGGCUGCUGCUUUUUUUUUUUUUUUAAAGAGGAAUAAUGUAAUCAUCUAACCACAAUAUGUAAAUAAAAUCCAGUGUGAGUUACAAAUCUGAAUUGAGCACCAAGGUGGACAGUGUGAACAUAGCCUAAGUAAAUAAUAAAUACACAAACACAACAAGUGCAAUGACAGAAAAGUGUAAUAUGCUCUAGAAAGAUGUUGUGUAGAGACUAUAUGAACGUGUGUCUGAUGAGAAGUAACACGGCUAUUGAAUGUAUGUACUGAGAGUUCUGAUUCCUAUUUUUAUUGUAUGAAUAAUUGUUACUCAGUCACAUUUUGAUUGGGAUAUGCAAAUGAUUGCACAUAUAGACAGUUUCCUGUUUCUUUUUUUU